AUGACGUGCGGUCGGCAGUUGAAAGACACCAGAGGACAUGGAUCAUCCGGCCGAGGGCCGGAUGAUCAACCGAUUCUGGGCGGGCCUGGCCAUCUGAGAUUUCACGAGGAGCGGAAGGGCAAAGGCAAAGACAAGUCCAUCAACAAGGGUGGGGAGAAAGGCCUGUCUGACAUUUUCAAAAUUGUGAAAAUGAUCAUCAUGAAGAAGUUGAACCCAGUCAUUGUCUUCAGCUUCAGCAAGAGAGAAUGCGAAAGCGGCACUUUGCAGUUGAAGAAGCUGGCCCUCAAUGAUGAUUCGGAGAAGGGGAUAGUUUGUCGAAGAAGACUUCAUGCGACGAGUGAAAGCAUCAGCUGA